AAAAAAAUGGACACAUCCAACAAUCUUGAAAUUGUGCAUGAUGUUUUUCCAUAUGUACAAGUGUACAAAAAUGGAACAAUCAAAAGACUUGUAGGCACUGAAUUCACACCAGCAACCUAUGACUCUCAAACUAAUGUUACAUCCAAAGAUGUUUUGAUAGAUCCAAAAUCAGGCAUUUCUGCCAGAAUUUAUCGACCUAAUUCAGCAACAAAAUCUAAAAAACUUCCUUUAGUAGUUUAUUUUCAUGGUGGAGCAUUUUGUAUAUCCUCUAUUGGUGAUCCUAAGUACCAUGAUUCUCUUAAUGUGUUUGUGUCUUGUGCUAAUGUUGUUCUUGUCUCAGUGGAUUAUAGAUUAGCUCCAGAACAUCCUCUUCCAACAGCUUAUGAUGAUUCUUGGUUUGUUCUUCAAUGGGUGGCUCAACAUAAAUCAAAACAGGGGAAUGAAGUUUGGUUGAAUGAGUUUGUUGACUUUGAUACUGUUUUCUUGGCAGGGGACAGUGCAGGUGCUAAUAUUUCACACUUCAUGGCAAUAAGAGCAGAUGAAGGUUUAGGGAUGAAGCUUACUGGGAUGCUUAUGAUUAGUCCAUAUUUUUGGGGAGAAGAGCCAAUUGGGAUAGAGAUUAAAGAUUCAGUGAGAAAAUCAAUGGUAGAUAAAUGGUGGGAAUUUGUUUGUCCAUCAAAUAAAGGGAAUAAUGACCCUUUAAUCAAUCCUUUUGUUGAUGAAGCACCAAAUCUUGAAGAAUUGGCUUGUGAAAGAGUUCUUGUUUGUGUAGCAGAAUUGGAUAUACUGAGAGACAGAGGAAUAUUGUACUAUGAAUCUUUGAUGAAGAGUCAGUGGAAAGGAAAAGUUGAAAUCUUUGAAACUAAAGGGGAAGAUCAUGUUUUUCACAUAUUUAAUCCUAAUAGUGAAAAAGCACUUGAUUUGGUCAAAUCUUGGGCUACUUUUAUUAAUGAAAAGUGACUGUCUUGGUG